UCCCCGCCUCCUCCCUCGUCUUCUGUGGAACUCAGGGAAGAGGUUUGGGAGCCUGAGAGUCGGCUCGGAAAGUGAAGGGUGCGCACCUGGGAAGCUGUUCUUAAUCUCCCUGCUCAGAAUGAGCCAGUCUUGGUGAUGACCCCACCUCCAGAAGCCACCAGACUAUGUGACAGUGGGGGGUUUGGGCCAGCCUUGAGAAGAGCAAGACAUCGGGCCUGAAAAGUUCAGUGACUUGUCCAGGGAAACCCAGUUUGUUUGUGACAGAAUCAGGAGGAAAACAGUGCACUUCGCCCUCUCACAGCUGAACCACAGUUCUCUACUCUCCCAAGAGCAGAAAAUGAACAUACCUCAGGCAUCAGUGUCAUUCAAGGACGUGACUGUGGAGUUCACCCAGGAGGAGUGGUGGCAGAUGGACUCUGCUCAGAGGACCCUGUACAGAGAUGUGAUGUUGGAGAACUACAGCCACCUCGUCUCAGUGGGGUACUGCUUUACAAAACCAGAACUGAUCUUCAUGUUGGAACAAGGAGAAGAUCUGUGGUUAUUAGAGAAAGAAUUUGUAAACAGAAGUUCCCCAGAAGAAUCCCAACCUGAUGAACUCUUACAGGAGAGCCUGGAAAACCAAGGCAAACAUUUGAGGCAAGUUUUAUUCGUCAACAAAUCAUUGACUACAGAGCAAGAAAUUUCAAGAAAACUAUGUACUCUGGACAUAAACAUUUUCCCUGCAGAAACAAUGCCUUGUAAAUUUGACACUACAGGGUCUACUUACUUGCUUCUUAGCUCAUUGACCCCACACUGUCAAUAUUCAAGAAAGAAGGCUUAUGAGCUUAAUGUAUGUGAGAACUGGCUCCUCAGUAUUAAGGAUCGCAGAACUAAUACUGGAGAGAAAUCUUUUGUCUAUAGUAAAAGUGUGAAAGCCUUUGGACAUAAAGACAAAGUUAUUCAGCAUCAGACAAUUCAGACUUUACAGCAAACUUUUGAAUAUAAUAAAUGUGGAAAAGAUUUUCUUGAAAAGACUGCCCUUGUUACAUCUAAGAAUACCCACCCAAAAGUGAAAUCUUAUAAAUUCAAUAAAUUUGGGGAAAACCAAUAUGAUAAAUCAACCUUGAUAAUCUCUCAGAGCAAUCAUCCAGAGGAGAAGAGUCACUACGAGUUUAAUAAAUAUGAAUAUACUAUUGAUAAAAACAGAAAUAAUUUCAGUAGGAUCACUCAAAGAACUGACACAGAAGGGAAAUCUUUUAGCCAAAAAUUACACAUUAGAGAACAGCAAAAAAUUCAUAUAGGGGUGAAACCCUUUGAAUAUGGAAAGAAUUUCAGCCAUAAUUCAACCCUCCCAGUGCAUCAGAGAAUUCACACAAUAGACCAGUCCUCUGACUAUGGCACAUGUACAGAAUCAUUGGCUUACCAGUCAACUUUCAAUGUACGUAAGAGAACUCAAAUAACAGUGAAACCCUAUGAGUGUAAUGAAUGUGGAAAAUCCUGCACUAUGACUUCAUGCCUGAUUCAGCCUCAGAAAAGUCACACAGAGGAGAAACCCUAUGAAUGUCAUGAAUGUGGGAAAGCUUUCAGUGAGAAGUCACGCCUAAGAAAACAUCAGAGAACUCACACAGGAGAGAAACCCUAUAAAUGUGAUGGAUGUGAGAAAGCUUUCAGUGCAAAGUCAGGCCUAAGAAUACAUCAGAGAAUUCACACAGGAGAGAAACCUUUUGAAUGUAAUGAAUGUGGGAAAUCUUUCAACUAUAAAUCAAUCCUCAUAGUACAUCAGAGAACUCACACGGGUGAGAAACCCUUUGAAUGUAAUGAAUGUGGAAAAUCUUUCAGCCAUAUGUCAGGCCUAAGGAAUCAUCGGAGAACUCACACAGGAGAAAGACCAUAUAAAUGUGAUGAAUGUGGGAAAGCUUUCAAACUGAAGUCAGGUCUAAGAAAACAUCAUAGAACUCAUACAGGGGAGAAGCCCUAUAAAUGUAAUCAAUGUGGGAGAGCAUUCGGUCAGAAAUCACAACUCAGAGGACAUCAUAGAAUUCACACAGGGGAGAAACCCUAUACAUGUAAUCAUUGUGGGGAAGCCUUUAGCCAGAAAUCAAACCUCAGAGUACAUCACAGAACUCACACGGGGGAGAAACCCUAUAAAUGUGAUGAGUGUGGAAAAACUUUCAGGCAGAAAUCAAAUCUCAGAGGACAUCAGAGAACUCACACAGGGGAGAAACCCUAUGAAUGUAGUGAAUGUGCCAAAGCUUUCAGUGAGAAGUCAGUCCUAAGAAAACAUCAGAGAACUCACACAGGAGAGAAACCCUAUAAUUGUAAUCACUGUGGAGAAGCUUUCAGCCAGAAAUCAAACCUCAGAGUACAUCAGAGAACUCACACGGGGGAGAAACCCUAUAAAUGUGAUAAAUGUGGGAAAACUUUCAGCCAGAAAUCAAGCCUUAGAGAACAUCAGAAAGCCCACACAGGGAACUAAACAUAUAAAUGUAAUGAAUAUGGAAAAGCUCUGAGCUGGAAAUCAAGUCUCGCAAUACAAAAUAAAACAUAUAGGAGAGAACCCCUAUGAAUAUAAUGAACACUUGGAAGUUUCUCUGCAAGAUACCAGCUUUCACUAAACAUCAGAGAACUUACACAAGAGAGAAAUUCUUGGAAUAUAUUUUACACGGGCAGUCUCAUCUUGAGUGCAGUCCUCAUUGUAGAUCAGAGAAUUCAAUCCAGCAAAGAAACUCUGUAAACAUAAUGAAUAUAAGAAAUACCCUGUGCAUUCAAUCCUCGGAAAACUCACACUGCAGAAGAACCCUGGGAAUGUAAUGAAAAUGUCAAAACUUUGUCCCAGCAAUCAAAAUUCAUUCAUCAUCAGAGAAAUCAAACAGAAAAUUGAGAAUGUAAUAAAUGUGAGAUAACCUUUAGCCAAAAGCCAGCUUUCUCAGUAAAGCAGAAAAUACAUAGAGACCUCACAGUAUAUCAGAACAGACAAGAAAUCAGGGUAAUGGAUGUGGGGAAUCCUUCUACUAUAAGUCAAACCUCAAUUUGACUAACACAAGGUAAUAACUAUAUGACAUGUAAUGACUAUUAAUUGUUCACCAAUAACCAUUUCCUUUUUUCUCAUGCCACACCUCAUCUAAAUUUCUCAACUACUCUGUCAUCCAAAUGAGAUCAUAUUUUUAACCUCUGGAUAGUGAAAUUUAGAGGUCAAUGACAAGUCUUACUAAAUACACCUCUCAAAUUCUUAAUGUUUUCUCCUGUCCCUUGUCAGAAUGGAGUGGAGAUUACCCCCAGCAAAACCAAAGGGGCUCGUGCAUGGAAGAUGAAAGAGUACAAAGUAGAAAGAAACAGGGCCAAAGAGUGACUGUUGAAUGAAAUUUUCUUCUGCAUGUACACAGACAUUUUGCUGUGAUGAAAUAAACUUGUUCUCUGCUGGGCUUCUACAGUUUGGGUAUGCUUAAUACUGAUAUUUACUCACCAACCCUCAGUUAACAAAGCCUAUGAAUGUGAUUUCUGUGGACAUGUGAACUCAGUGUAGUGUAUCAGAAAUAUCACACAGGAAAAACCCCUGACAACAUCCUGAAUGACCAUAGUUUUUACCCACAAUUCUUCCUCCUCAGUCAGGUAGAUAUCAGGGGAAGAUAUCUAACAUUACAAUAUAUAUAGGUAAUCCUUUACCCAAAAAAUGAUAUCUCAUUAAAUAUCUGAUAAUCGAGCUGUGAAUGUGUGAAUGCUUUCAGUGAGUCAUCAAAGUUUAGUAUCUCUCAGAG